AUGCCUCUGAUACGCGCAAAUGCUCUGCGGAGCCUCCAGUCAUCCCUCCGAUACAGCGGCGCACGAGCAACGGCACGAGCAGCCCCAGCCGGGACACAGCUCGUUGCGAGACGCUAUGCCAGCAGCGGCGGCCACGGAGGAGCUCAUGGCGAACCCAGCUCGGAUCUGCCAUGGAUCCUCGGCGCCCUAGUCGUCACUCCUCCCUCCUGCUGGUACCUCUGGCCAGACACCUCGCACGCUGAGCACCAUGGCGACCACGCCGAGCACGGCGAGCAUGAGGAGAGCGAAAAGCCAGAUGAGAGCGAGCAGUCUAAGGAGGAUGAGGAGCCACAAGAGGAAGCUGCUCCAGCCGAACAGCAGGGCGGGGAAGAGAAGGGCGAUGAAGAGGAGAAGCCUGCCGAGGAGGAGAAGUCCGGCGAUGGCGAUGAGGCCAAGGAGACCUCUGAUGGCGACGACAGUGGCAAAGAUGAGGAUGCCUCCAAGGAUUCCGCGGAGGAGAAGGCCGGGGGCAAGAGCGGCGUAGAGGGUGUUCAAUUCAAGGGCAAGAUGGCAGACGACAGCGCUGGUCAAGAACACACCCGUAAGUUGGAGGACAGCCCCAAGGGCGGACAAAAGAAGCGCCUGGACUCUGGCCUCGGCAAGAACCUCGGAGAGGGACCUGCGUACGAGGGAGACCGGGAAGCUCAAGCACAAAGUAAGCCCACGGGUGACCGGGCUGGGGACAUCUCCCAAAAGCAGAAGGGUCUGUCCAACACCGACACUCGGCAUUCCGUACAGAUCGACGCACCAGGAAGCGAGAAGUCCACCAAGGGCUCAGGAGGACCAGAGACAGCCAAGCACAAGGGUACUGUCGACACUGCGGGUGCAUUGAAAUGA